AUGUACCCCGCCCUCUCAGAGUUCUCGGUCAUCAUCAACGCCACAAAUUACGAGUCGGGCGCAGCAAGCUGCUCGACAUGGAACAAUAGCCCGCAGGCGGGCUCCAACAACCAUAGCCUCGACAACGGCAGAGAUAGUGCACCGAUGACGACUUCGUCGUUGUUGACUUUCGAGGGUGGAUACAUCUACAAUCUGACAGGAUUGAAAGGAAGCCUACGGUUUAUACGAGAGCGGUUCACAUUGCACUCAAAACAUGGGACGCCGAAGCAUCUGGACGGGACAGCGGUCGCAGUUGCUGACAACGUCAGCGUGACGUUGGCAAACGACAACCACUACCCCCUCGAUGCCGGACUGUAUUCACUCCACGGCUCUUCAGGGCUGUUCAACUACAACACGACAAACGGCACCGUCUCGUCGCAAUACGCACUCUCCAACGGAUACAAGCAACACGCAUACCCGUCAUUGAGUUUCGGGUUACACAUGGGAUCGGCGAUGCACAACGUCCCCGGCAGCCUCAUCCUCGGCGGCUACGACGCUUCACGCACCAUCUCGAGCCCGAUAGCCGUCCAAGACGACUACUUCUGGCUCGCCGACAUCUACCUCGGCGUCGCCAACGGCAGCUCCGCCUUCCUCAACUCCUCCUCCUCCUCCUCCUCCUCCACCUCCCCCAUCCCGCACCUCCUCCAACCCGGCGACGUGAAAGCGAAGCCCCCCCUCUCCGCGCAACCCGACCCCGCCGUCCCCUACCUCUACCUCCCCCGCACCACCUGCGACGCCAUCGCCGCGCACCUGCCCGUCACCUUCGACGCCAACAUCCAGCUCUACCUAUGGAACACGUCUUCCCCCGCCUACCACGCCAUCACCUCCUCCCCGCACUACCUCGCCUUCACCUUCAAGAACGGGUCCGCUGCUGCGACGCCCGUCGACAUCGUCGUCCCCUUCGCCCUGCUCAACCUCACCCUCAAUAUCCCCAAGAUCCGCACCGAUACCCCGUACUUCCCGUGCCGCCCGUCGAACGCGAAUAGCGACGGCCGCAACAGCCCGCAGACGGUGCUGGGCCGCGCGUUCUUGCAGGCUGCGUUCUUCGCGCGGCAGUGGCAGACGGGGUACGCCUGGCUGGCGCAGGCGCCGGGCCCGGGGUUCGCGAGUGAGGAUGUCAGGACGAUUGCGGAGGGCGCGACGAGCCUUAGUGACGUUGGCGAGACGGAGGCGUGGCAUGAGAGUUGGGCGGAGGUGUUGCGGCCGCUGGAGGCGGUUGGUGAGGCAUCUGAUUCUUCUUCCUCGUCUUCUUCGUCUUCUUCUUCUUCUUGUAAUCUCGUCGCGGAUUCAAAGUGUUUCUCGACGGAGGCGAAGGUGGCGAUCGGCCUCGCUGCUGUCGUUUUUGUGCUUGUCAUUGUUGCGGUCGGCUGCGUACUCCGGUGCCGGUGGCGGUGGACAAGGGCGGGGCUUGGAGAGGCGCCGGAGAAUCGGGUUGAGGAUGCAGACGAGCUGCUGCAGUCGCAGCUGGAGUCGCCCAUCAGGCUGGAGUUGGAAGUGCCGGCGUUGGUUCAUGAGGCCGAGGGGCGGAUGGAUUCGUACCGUGCGCGGGACGUGGAGUUGCCGGGCGAGGGUGCUCGUAGAUGA